GAGGCGCAUCUGCACCACAGGAGGAAGCCCAUCGUGUGAAGUCCGCGGCAGCAUUAGAUAGGCUGUGAUGAUGAUGAUGAUGAUGAUGAUGAUGAUGAUGAGACUGAGGAAGUGUGUCGCCCCCUCCGCAUAGGCUGCGUCCGUUUGGUCGCCGUUCUGCUCGGAAAUCUCGGAGCUCCGCUGCCCACCGGCCGCCCCCGCAGCACCAGACACAGCCGAGAUAGCGGGAGAAAUGUGGGGAAACGGGGCACCCUUUUAACGCCCAGCACACGGAGGCACGGGAGGAUUGGUGAUCGAAGCGCACACAUCGAGCGGAUUUGGGCGGAAGAAAAAAAAAAAACUCGGCGCGCCGAUGGAAUUCGUUUAGGCAACGCAGCGCAGCCGCGGUUGUUCAGAAUUACUCUGAAGAUGUGCUGGCUGUGUUAACGGGAAAAGAAGACAGGUUGGCACCAUGGGUGAUGGAGGAGCUUUACGGACAGAGGGAAAUGCCCUGCUGAAGGCUGUGUUCCAAGGCAAGCUUCGUCUUGCCCGUUUGCUACUGGAGGGAGGUGCAUACAUCAAUGAAGGAAAUGAGCGUGGGGAGACACCCAUCAUGGCUGCCUGCAUGGCGGGAUACGAUGACCUGCAGACACGUCAGAAAAUGGUACGCUAUCUUUUAGAGAAAGGUGCCGACCUGAAUAUCCCUGAUAAGUCAGGCCGGACUGCCUUGAUGCACGCAUGCUCCGAGCGGGCUGGCAAAGAUGUUGUGUCACUACUCCUGGAGAAUGGUGCAGACCCAAGUCUCAAAGACUACUCGGGGUCCUCAGCUCUAAUGCAUGCCAUCAACAGAGGUGAUCGAGAAACCCUGCAGAUACUUCUAGAUGCCUGUAAGGCGAAAGGCAAAGAGGUGAUCAUUAUAACCACAGAUACCUCACCUUCAGGCACUAAGAAGACCAAGCAGUACCUGAACUCUCCUCCUUCACCAGGUGUGGUUGACAAACUCUCACCAGCCUGUAUGUCUCCUUCAGAGGUGGAGAUCCGAACCUCAAACUCACCUGCUGGAGAAGAGGAAGAAGGCAUCUUCAGCUUUGCUCUUACUUCUGCCCUUCCAUUGCCCUCCAACAGGCCACCAGGUGAGAGGAGACCACCACCACGCAAGCUUCUCAAAAGACUGAACUCAGAGCCCUGGGGCCUAGUGGCACCAAGUGUACUGGCUGAGAGAGGUGAGAUGUUGGAGGGCAGCCUAGCAGAGGAGGACAAGGUGGUAUCAGAGAUGAAUGGCAUGUCAAUCUCUGGUCCAGGGAGACCACUGCUCUCGCGCAGGCACAGCAUUGAAACUCAUGACCCGUGCUCACCAAAGCCGAUUGACCGCUCCUGCUCAGAAGAUUGUGCAGCCCUCUCUGGUUCUUCUUGGGCUGACAAGGUGCAGCAGCAUCAGUCACUGUACCGCAGAAACACGGCGCCUGAGUCGCAAGAGAAUGCCGGUCAUAACCGCGCUCUGACUCACCCCAAACUUACACGCAUGGAGCACUAUGAGUCAGAUACACACCUGUGUCCUGAGUCCAUUCCUGGAUCUCCAGAUUCUGGUCGUGUGUCCGUGGAGCGUCGCAAGUACAAUGCCUCACCACUAUCAUUAGUUGCCAGUUCCUCACGGGAGUCCCUAGAGAGCAUCCCAAACUCAGUGUCCCCCAUCACUAUGAGGAGGAGACCCCCAGGCUUGUUGGAGCGGAGAGGCUCUGGCACACUCCUGCUGGACCACAUCUCACACACUCGCCCUGGAUUUCUUCCCCCACUCAAUGUCAACCCUCAGAGACCCAUUCCGGACAUCCGGACCAAUGGCAAGCCCUCGUCACCCGUGCACUCUGGAAACAAGAUCUUGCUGCCUGUAGCACCCACAUCACCAAAGCGUGUUCUGGAUUUCAAGAUGAAGAAGAAGCUGAUGAGGAGGCACUCCAUGCAGACAGAACAGAUGAAGCAGCUCUCCACCUUUCAGGAGCUAAUAGCAGAGAAGGUCAUGGAGGUCAAUGGAGACUAAAAGUUAAGAGAGAAUAUCUCACUCUGUGUUUCUCUCUGUCACUCACUCACACACACACACACACACACACAGAGGAGGAGAGAGAGAGAGAGAGAGAGAGAGAGAGAGAGAGAGAGAGAGAGAGAGAAAUACCAUUACAACUGGAUAAUGAAACACUGACUAGUCUAAAAUGCAUAAAGCAUAUUCUUUAUGGCUAAUGUUACUGACAGUGAAUGAGAAUGAACAGGCACCAGUUAUGCCAACUGGUGGUUACUGACUUCCAAUUAUUUUUGGCCAUGUUAGCACAUUUGGCCAAGCUGUUCCGUAAUCAUUUCAUUUAUUUUUGAUUUCUCAUAUUUACUGUCAUUUUUGACAAAAAGUUCUUCUCUUCAAAAUGUUCACUUUUACACUUGAACUUGUUUCAUGAAGUUUUGUUAAAUAUGUCAGCAAGGUUAAUGUUGCUGGCAAAGUGAUGCGCUGUCCUUUAAAAGCAUAUCAAAGGAGAAUAUAAAAAUGAUCCGUUUCUACUGGGUGCAAACCAAAUGCCAGCAUUCAGUCUUUUCCCCCAAAAUCAUUAUGAUUGCUAAAAAAAAAAACCCUUCCAUUUACUGCACAUUAAUCUCUAUUAUUUAAGAUGCCUUUUACUGAUGACUAAUCACUUUAUUAAGUUUGGACUUUGACCACUUUUGUUUGGUUGUAGCAUUAACAACAAGAAUCGAAACAUUUUUGAUGACUGCAAAUGUACACCUCUGAAACCGCUGGUGUGUGAUGAUCACUAUGUGUAUGAUUUUAAAAAAAUUCUUUAAAAAGUGCAAUUCUUGGAGAAUCCCAAAGAAGUUGAUUAAUAUCCAUUCACACUCACAUUUACUAAACUGCGAGGAAGAUACAAAAAAACUCAAUACGAAGAGCACGGAUGUUGUGUCAUGUGUGCACAAGAGGCAGAGCGCACAUGUAGAUAUUGUACAGAUUUCACAGGCAGUAAAAUAACCAUUAGUAUUUUAAGUAUAUCUGUGUGCAAUAUUUUGUGCUGCAAGAUCUCUGGUUUUAUAUUAUUGUGGUGAACGUUGGAUAAUCAGUUACAUUUGCAGCACGAAGAGUAAUUUGCACUUCUGCAGAAAAAUGUAGUGUGGAAUCAUGGACACAACAAACUAUGUUAACCCUUACAAAAAGAGUAUACACACAUUUGAAAUUAAAUUAUUUUCAGUGUAGUGUUUGUCAGUGUAGAGAGAGAAAUAUCUAUAUAUAUAUAUUACAAAUAAACAAGAAUUAGUUUAACAGAGCUUAAAAGGUGUUUAAUAGUCUUGCUUUUGUUUUGUUGAUGCUAUAUUCAAGUGAUUUUGUUUAGAAAAUAAGUUAUUUCUGUGGAUUCAACUACAUGUACUUUAAUAUGAAAACAAAAAAGUAGAGUAAUAUUUUUCUAUACCUCUGUGAUGGCCCAUUUAUCAUCUAUUGUCCAUCUUUUAAAUCAAAACAAUAUUACUGCUGUAGAUCUUUGGGUGGAAAUCAUCUCUACUUUCAGUGUGGCAUUUUUUCCCCACAAGUAACAUUUUAGAACAUUCAAGGAGAAAAAAAAAGUACAAGCAUAAAUGUUUGUUAUUUAAUUAUGGACUUAUAUAUUUUUAAAACCAUUUGAAACCACCACUUUAUAUUUUAAUUAGCAAGUUAUCUAGUUGCUACCUUUAUUCUAUUGUGGUGUCUCAUCAUCAUUCCAAAACCUCUCUACGCUCCAGAGAGCAGUGAGUAGUUGCACUGAGUUUUCCCUGUUUCUGAAUAACAUUGUGGAAGUUCACAAAAUUCUAUGUUGUACAAAACUCCGUGACCUUGUUGAAAUUGUGCUCAGGUAUGUCUGAUCAGACCUAAAAAUAAAUUUUAAAAAAGUACAAGAGUCUUCAGUUGUGUUAGGCUGUGUACACAAAGGACAUUUCAUGAUGUGCUGCUAAGUCUCGUUGGUUAACAGGAAAAUAACAACUGUGUAUCUGAGUGUUUUAGUUUGCAUUGUGUCAAAGGGAUAGCAGUUACACUAUCAACAUCUACUUCAAUGGAUUUACUAUUUAUUGUAAUUUUGUAUGUUUGGUGUGGUACACUGAUAAAACUGUACUGAACUGAAUCAUUACUUGCUAAAAACGUAGAUGACUCUUGUGUUAGCAGUAAGCCUUAGGGACGACAAGCACUAGGCUAGUGUCCGUGUAACAGUCUGCACAACACCACGAUGGAAAAUAGUCUCAUAUUCAUGUGAGACAUUUUAUGGUGCUUUGAAUAAAGGCAUGACUAAACCAAAGAACUGUCUCUGGUGAAGUUAUUUAGCUCCAUGUUAUCUCAGAGAUACCACUGUAAUAUGUUACAAUGGCAGAGGGAGAGAGAAUAUGAACAGAAAGUUUGAAGGUGAAACUCAAGACAGUUUGCUAUGUGGGACCUCAACUGUUUA